AAUGAAUUAAGUUGGUAUAACUCUGAUAAAUUAAUUUAAUUAUGGGGUUAAUAUUUUAAUUAAAAAAUUAUAUACUUUAAAUAAAGAUUUAUACUUUUCAAUAAAAAAAUUCAAUUAUUUUUAUGAUGCUUAAAUUAUAUUAAGAAAAGAAAAAAAUAAUAAUUAAGAAUAGUUGAAAAAAAAUUAUUUGAACUUGGACUCAAUGGCCCAAAAGAAAAAAAAAAGUAAGAAUUGAAUCUGAUAUUUUAAUAGGCUCAAAUGACCCAAGAGAGAUUUGAUGUGGGCUGGAUCCAAAAAUAAUGAUCUAAUAUAGAUUUGUUAUUAAUAUUACUUAAUUGCCCUUAAUGAAACAUGCAAUGUUAGUGAAGGAAAGGACAGGCUAAGGUAAUUAUGACAAUAGUAUCCUGCUUUAAUAGUAUAGAUGGAAUGGCCGAAUGAUUAUAUGAUUUGUUGUUGUUUUUUAUCAUCCAAUACUGUUGUGUUUUUCUUUUUAAUUUCAAGAAGUUAUUAUUGAAUCUCAAAAUCUUAUUGGAUCAGAGAAAAGAGUAAAAGAGUCGGUUGUUAAAUCUUUUCUAGGUAGCUAUUGAGAUUUGAAUCUGACACUUUUACCCUUAGAGUAAAAGGUUUUACCGGUACAGUUAGCAAUUUCGGUUAAUAUGAUUUUGUUGUUUUUAUCAUUCAUUGUUCUUUUCUUAUGUUUUAUGUUGAACCAAUUCUGAUUUAUAUGUUUGAUGACAGUUUUUUUUUGUUUUUAUACGAUUGAAAAUUUAGAUAAAUUCACAAUAUUAUAUAUUAUUUUAUAUAUUUUAUACAAUUUUCAUAAGUGACAGUCUUGUCAAUGUGAAUGUAUAUACUAAAUGAUUGAUACUAGAGCAUCUACAUCUCUAUUCCAUAAUUUAUUUUAAAAUAGAAUUCGAAAUAACAAAUGCUCUAACUUCGUUCUAUUUUAACCUAUAAUAGAGUUAACAUUUAUUUACUAAAAUGAAGUAAUUAUUUUAUUUUUUACUCCAACUUUAGAGUACAUUUAGAGUAAACUCAACUUCGUAUAGAGUUACUUUAUUUUAGAAUAAAAUUUUGAGUUUUAAAUUGGAGAUACUCUUACAUAUAAUAUAACAUGCCAUAACCAGUAUAUAUAUAUAUAUCAUGCAUGAAUGUAAACAGAUAAUAUACAUUAUGGGUAGAGAAUACAGAUCGCUCAUGUUGCAAGGCAUGUAGGCUAAUUUAAUGCUUUUGAAGGGCCCUUUUUGCUUUUUCACGAGUUAGUUAUUUCUAUCUCAAGUUAGUUUGUAGUUGAUGCCUUACGCUAAAAUGGGAUAUCUGCAUUGGAUAACUAAAUUCCAAGCUUAUGGUAAACAAAAUCAUGAGUAAAUAUGAAAAACGAAGGACAGAGCGAUGAUGAUCCCCAAUCCCCAUCAAAGCAAAAGGUUACUAGGGGUUUGGGAAAUCCACAUGCACACAGCAACAAAAGCUGAAAACUUUGAUUCAAAUGUAUAUAGUCACUUGAUUUCAUAUGUAUACACGAAAGCAAGUAUGUAUGUGUGUGUGUGGAGUGACAUUGAUAGCUACACAAUCUUUCCAAAAGAAAUUGGCAUAAGAGAAAUUAACCGACAUUGGGUGUCUUUGUUCUUUAUUCUUUUCUCUCUUUUUGUACCACUAAUUACUACGAACAAAAUUAGUUUAUUAAUUUGGUUUUAAUUUACAUAUUUAAAAAUAAUUAGGGUGCUUGUAAAUCAAAAGUGUUGCCUUGAUAAAUAAUGUUUUUUUAAUUACUCAAUGCAUCCAAUUCAUCACAAUAUAAUUCAAAUUAUGUACGGUUUAUAUGUAGUAUAUAGGCUUUGAUUGGUAAUCUGCAGAAUUGCGGAAUUGUGUUUUAGGCGUGAGUAUGCAAGUAUUUUACCAACCAUAAAAAUAUUGUGGAAUGAAAAGAAAUGCAACUUGCGUUUUUGCGGACAAAAAUAUGAAGAAAAUUUUCAUUAAGGAGAAAAGUUAAUUUUAGUUGAUUAUUGACUAAAUCAACAUCUUUAUAUUAUUAUAGUAAUACCAUUUUAAAAUUUUAAAUAAAUAGCAAAAAAAGAAAGAUAAAUAGUUAUGUUGUAAAUAAAAAUAUACUAUAUUUUUUUAUAUUAUUAUAAGAUGUCAAUCUAUUAUUAAAAACAUAUUGAAAAAUAAGCUAAAUAUUUGUAAUACAAAGUAGAUUAUUUUAGAUGAAUAUUUUAAAAUUUUUAAUAACUAUUUUAAUCUUUGAUGUUUUUUUUUAAUUUAUUAAAGUAAUUUAAUCAAUCUACUAUGUAUUCUGUUAUUGCCUAAUUUUUUUUUUUGCAACUUAAUUAAUUUUAUCUACAACUUAACUAUUUUUCCCAUGGUUCUGCGAUUAAGUGUUGUUUACCAUAUACACUGAUCAACUUUGUUGGUCAUAGAGGAAAGAUAAAGAUCUGGCCAUCACCCUGAGUUGGCAUCUAAAAGAGAAAGCUCUCUCCUAAUUUCUCUCAGUCUCUUCUCUCUUUCUCCUCCCUCAUUUUUUUUCUCUCUCUCUCUCUCUCUCUCUCUCUCUCUCUCUCUCUCUCUCUCUCUCUCUCUCUCUCUCUCUCUCUAAAAGAUGAGGAAAGAAAAGGCAAAAAAGAGAAGGAUAAGCAUAUAUAGAAGGGGGUAUAAACGCACUCCCAUGUGUACACUUCUCCAGGAAGCUUCUCUUCUCCUUUUAUUUGUUACGCCCCCACACUGGCCUCUAAUUACGUUCUGUUUUUCCUAUUUAGAUUACACAAUUUGUUUUGAGUGUCUCAUAACCACCAAAUUUCCACAGAAUACUUAUGAAAUUGUACGAGAUUAUUUGGAACAGUGAGUGAUCAAUAGAUUCAACACUUCAAAGUUAAGUAGAGAGCUUAAGAAAUAAGAACCACAGUAAAUAUAAACAUAAAUAACAUACAUACCUCUUGUAUUUCAAUAUGCAUGGCAAUAACACAAGGUGGCAAGUCACAAGUGAGGAUGGUGGCGGACGGCAGACGUAGAUGGAUAAUCUUACAAGCCAAGAUUUAUCAUCAUUAGUCACUUUGAUAGCACCUUUCUCUAUUCAUUUUUGUUUCUCAAAAAUAAUUUGUUUGCUAAAAAUUUAGAACCGAAUCUGAAGUUUAGAACAUAAACAUUUUCACGUUAAUCUUAAUAAUUCUUUAGAUAAUUUAGAAGUCUUACUAUUUUGUACCUAUGUAUAAUAUUCUUUAAAAUUUGGAGAUUAAAAAUGAAUGUUUCACCCUGUUGUGUCCAAACCGACCAUGGGCGAGAUGUAGAUUGUAAACUUAAGAGGUCAGGUUUCACUCAUUUUCUAGCAAAAAGUGGAAGCAGAACAUGUCAUGGACCACAAGGGUGGUUUGAAUUCAAGUUAGAGCCCAAAUAUGAAUUUAUUGGCUUUUACUUUGCAGCUCAAAUAUGAAUUUGGAAACACGUAUACAUCAUCGAUAAAUAAACAUGUCGUGUGGGACUUUUCGUAAGCAAACAGUUUUUUAAUACGCACAUGUUUUAGUUCCAUUAUUAAUCAGCAAAAAAUAAAGGACAAUCUACAUACAAAUCUCAAACACUGAUCACUAAAGAUCACGAUUUUCUGAGUCGUUGACCACGCAUUUUAUGUGAGAUUGGGAAACUUGUCUAUAAACAAUAUAUACCACAUACCAUAUUAUAUAACUUGCCAGGGACAAGUUGAUUGUCACCUCUCAGAGAAAAGUCAGCUGAAGAGAGCAACAAUGGCGGAUUCAUCAGCACCAUUCUUGACCCAUCUUGAAGACGACGAAGAAGAGACUUCUCCACCGUUGAACUUCGACAAGAUCUUCGAACAAAGCUUGUCUGAUUUCAACUUGUCACAGUUUCUACAAGUGAUUAUUGUCGGACUUGCUUUAACAUUCGAUGCACAACAGAUAUUCAUCACCGUCUUCACAGAUGCAUACCCCACAUGGCACUGUGUUGACCACACUUUGUGCACUCCCGCAACCACCGACAUCUGUAAACUCCCUCGGUCAGCUUGGGAUUGGGACGGCGGGUUCAAGGGUAAAUCCGCCAUUUCAGAGUUCGAUCUCGAGUGCUCGAGCUCCUUCCUUAGAAGUCUCCCUACUUCUGCUUUCUACGUGGGUUCUAUCGUUGGAGGGGUUUUCAUGGCUAUGAUUCCAGACGGUUUCUUGGGGAGGAAGCAACUACUUUUCUACACAACCCUAGCAAUGUCGCUCACUGGAAUCUCGAUUUUCUUCUCCACCAGCAUAUGGAGCUACGCUUUCUUAAAGUUCGCCAUCGGAGUCGCGCGUUCUCAGACCGGGACGUACGCGUUUAAUCAUAGCGAGAGAGUCUCUACCAAAUGGAGACCGAGAGCUACUAUGGUACCAUUGACUCUGUUUGUGUUAGGGUUUAUGUCUCUCUCCGGAAUCGCCUUCCUUGUUAGACACGCUUCUUGGAGGUUUAUCUAUCUCUGCACAUCCAUUCCAGCAGCUAUUCACAGUGUUUUCAUCUACUUCUUUGCCUUAGAGUCUCCACGUUGGCUUCAUGUGCAAGGAAACAACAAAGAAGCUAUUGAAGUGCUCAAAAGAAUCUCACCUGGAAAGAGAGGUUACUUGGAGAAAGUAUCGUCUAGGUUACCUUCAAAGGAAACCUUAGAGCAAUCUCCAAGCAGCUCAAUCAUGGACUUGUUCAUCAGAAGAUGGGCUUUUCGAAGAAUCAUAGUUAUUAUGAUCAUAAUGUUCGGUUUGGGAAUGAUGUAUUACGGAGUUCCAUUAGCGGUUAGAGACAUAAAAGUGAACAUCUAUUUAAGUGAAGCUUUAAACGCAAUGGUGGAGUUACCUACCUUUGUUAUCACACCAAUCUUGCUGGAGAAGUUCAAUAGAAGAAGCUCUGUGCUUGUGAACUGCUUGGUCGGGGGAGCAUUAGGAGUGUUCUGUUUCGUCUUGACCACGUUAGGGCGAACGAACAUUGCUUUUGUCUUUGAGCUUUGUUCUUUCUUCUGCGCUAGGAUCGGGUUUAACCUUAUGGCGGUUUAUAUGAUUGAGAUGUUUCCAACGUGCGUGAGGAACUUUGCAACUACGAUGCUUAGACAAGCGCUUGUAAUCGGAGGAGCUUGUUGUCCGAUCAUUGCUUCGGUUGGAAGAAAUGUUCCGUCCAUCUCUUUUGCGGUUUUCGGGUUUGUUGUGUCGGGUCUUGGGUUUUUUGCUUUGCUUCUUCCUGAGACUAAAGGGGCAGGUCUUUGUGAUACAAUGGAUGAACAAGAGCAGAGUGACCAAGCCAUGAAGAGUAGCCAUGUUAGUUGCUAAAAAUGUUACACUAAACUCUGUCGUGUUACACUAUAGAUGUAACCAAACCUACCGGUUCAGCUCCGAUUGAUAAAACCAUAUUUUAUUUUCUGUCGAUAUUUCAUAUGUGAAAGUGAAACCUACAAUGUUAUAUCUUAAUAAAUGGAACUAUUUCGAUAAUUCUAGGUUUUCUAGCAGACAUCUCUCAUUGUUAUUCUCACGUAUCGUUAGAGCAUGAUUAACCAUGAUCACGGGUUCUUAAAUCAUACUUUUUUUUACACUUUUCGGAUAAAAGAUGUCUCUUAUAUAUCUUAUUUAAAAAACGGUUCAAAAGCCAAGAACCGUCUCUUAAUUGAAACUAGAAACCCUAGUUAAAAGACCGGAAUAUAUAUAUAUUAGUAAUUUAGAAAAAAAAUUGGUUAUUAUCAGGUCUCAACACCAUCAACUACAUAAAUUCUAAACCAGAGGUUCUAAACCAGAGCAAGUGGCCAUUCGAAUUUAUACACUUUCGAAAUUUGUCUGUAACACGUUUUCAGUUGAACUAAUGAAAUUUUAAUAUAUUUAAUUAUAUUUUCUACAUUUUUUUUAUUUUUUGUUUAAAAUGAGAAGUUUUUUUUUUGUAAUAAAUGUGGUGGUAAAAAACUCUGUUCGGGAACGCGCUAGUCGAGCGGUCGGGUUGGGCUUAGCGCCUAAAAAGAAAAUCGGGGAUUAAUCGGAAAUUAAGCGGGGCAAAAAUUUUUGAUUGUUUACUAUGUUAUAAAACAUAUUAAUCUUUAAUUGUGUAUAACAUUAAUACAUUUUCAUGUUUAAAAUUAUAUAAAACACAUAAAUAGAAUAUAUAAACUUAAUAUAGUGUAAUUUUCAUCAAAAUUAUGAAUAUAAAUGAUAUUUAUAAAAUUUAGAUCAAAUAAAUAAAUAAAAAUAUUAUUAAAAAUAAAUAAAAAUAAAAAAUA